GUCCAGACAGGCUCCCCAGAUAGGGCCGGUUUCCAACAGGAGCCCUAAGGGGAGCUGAACCGGAAAACAAGUCUCUUAGUAGCGCUGGUCCUAAGUGUCAGGGCUCAGUGGAUAGAGGAGGAACAGAAACAGUAUCCACAGUGGACUCCGGGGCUCCUACACACUUGGCACAGCUUCCUACAGUCUUGAAACAGCCCUGUUGUUCUGUCAUGGCCAGUGGGCAGUUUGUGAACAAACUGCAAGAGGAAGUGAUCUGCCCCAUCUGCCUGGACAUUCUGCAGAAACCUGUCACCAUUGACUGUGGGCACAAUUUCUGCCUCAAAUGCAUCACUCAGAUUGGGGAAACAUCAUGUGGAUUUUUCAAAUGUCCCCUCUGCAAAACUUCCGUAAGGAAGAAUGCAAUCAGGUUCAACUCGCUGUUGCGGAAUCUGGUGGAGAACAUCCAAGCUCUACAAGCUUCUGAGGUGCAGUCCAAAAGGAAAGCGCCUACAUGCCCGAGGCACCAGGAGAUGUUCCAUUAUUUCUGCGAGGAUGAUGGGAAGUUCCUCUGUUUUGUGUGUCGUGAAUCCAAGGACCACAAAUCCCAUAAUGUCAGCUUGAUCGAAGAAGCUGCCCAGAAUUAUCAGGGGCAGAUUGAAGAGCAGAUCCAAGUCUUGCAGCAAAAGGAGAAGGAGACAGUACAAGCGAAGGCACAAGGUGUACACAGGGUCGAUGUCUUCACGGACCAGGUAGAACAUGAGAAGCAAAGGAUCCUCACAGAAUUUGAACUCCUGCAUCAAGUCCUAGAGGAGGAGAAGAAUUUCCUGCUGUCACGGAUUUACUGGCUGGGUCAUCAGGGAACGGAAGCAGGGAAACACUAUGUUUCCUCCACUGAGCCACAGUUGAACUGUCUCAAGGAGCUCAUUGAUUCCCUGAAGACCAAGCAGAACAUGCCACCCAGGCAGCUGCUGGAGGAUAUCAAAGUCAUCUUGUGCAAGAGUGAAGAGUUUCAGUUUCUCAACCCAACCCCUGUUCCUCUGGAACUGGAGAAAAAACUCAGUGAAGCAAAAUCAAGACAUGACUCCAUCACAGGGAGCCUGAAAAAAUUCAAAGACCACCUCCAGGCUGAUAGGAAAAAAGAUGAAAACAGAUUCUUCAAAAGCAUGAAUAAAAAUGACAUGAAGAGCUGGGACUUGUUGCAGAAAAAUAAUCAUAAAAUGAACAAAACCUCAGAGCCCAGGUCAUCUUCUCCAGGCGGCAGAACAACUACAUCGGGGCCACCAAAUCACCACUCCUCAGCCCCAUCCCACUCCCUGUUUCGGGCCUCCUCUGCUGGGAAAGUCACUUUUCCAGUAUGUCUCCUGGCCUCUUAUGCUGAGAUUUCUGGUCAAGGAGCCAGCUCUCAGGACACGAAGACAUUUGGCGCUGCGCUGUCCAAGGAGCUCCAUGCGGCACUGAGUGAGUGGCUGACAGCGAUCCGGGCUUGGUUUUAUGAGGUUCCUUCAAGCCAAGCCAGCUCAGAGAACACGGGGAGCGGUGGUGCUACACGGACUUCGGAGCAUAGAGUGGCGCUGAUGGAAAAAGGAAGUCCCUGCAGCAGUCCCCGCACUCUUUAAGCAGCUGUUUACCGAGGGCACCCGUUCAGCCAGGAGUGAAGUACAGAGAUGAGCAACGCCAGCCUGGGUCACAGUCCGUCAAACCCCAUGAGCCCGACCACUCUCGCUCUUCCUUACAUUCUCACGUCCCCCUUCUCUCCCAGCCCCUCAUAUCAGCAAGGGAAAUUAAUUAAUGAGAUUUGAUAAAUCAGUAGAUAGAAUGAGGUCCCCAUUCUGAAAUAUUUAGCAGACUGGAACCACCACGCAAGCCUCUGUAGGGGGUGGAUGGAGACACUUCUAACUUUAAUAAACUGUGACUGAACGUGGAA